UCGUCAAGGGCUUCAUGAGAAUCGUCGAACCGCGCUCACACAGCUGUCAACCGUGGGAAUCAGCUAUCGCCGCGUACGUACCUGCAUUUGCGGCUGCGUAAUAACGCGAAGUCGUGAUUCGUGAUGUGGUCGGUAGGGUUCCCCAAUGUGUGCUUGCCGAUUCAGGCACUGCCAAAUAGUUGCCGCUUGUGGUUACUAGUUCUAUUAAAAAUGGCAUUGGAUGGAGGAUGGAGUGAUGGAUGCCCCUCCAGCUCUCCGAAACUGACGCUCUUAGAGGAAUCUCUGCUCCAAGCCGAACAGCAAAUGCAAGACGGCCGGAUGCUGUUGCCGAUCCUCGACCGGUUUUUACCACCAGAGAAGCAGGAGAUCCUCCGCGCUGCCAUCGGGACCACCGUGUCCUUCUCCUGUACACCCCUGGCGACGGGCGUCACGGAUCCGCUUCAGCUUAUAUGGCGUCAUCAUAACUUACUGAUUUACGCCAACUCCAGUGUACCACCGGCCACCUCCGAAGCGUAUUUCUACACCCACGCUGUCCACGGACCGGCCAGCCACCUGUUCAUCCACAACGAGAGCAUAGUAUUACCGUGCAGACGUAUCGUUUAA